AUGGCUCCUCCAACUCUUUACGACCAUCCAAUGAGUCCUCCAAGUCGUCUGGUACGUCUGGUGGCUGGUAUCAUCGGAGUUGACCUGAAAGUAUUCGUAGUGGAUAUAAUGGACUCUGAGAUUGACAUGAAGUCUUCCGAAAUGUUGAAGAAAUUUCCUCAGCGUACCAUUCCUGCACUGGAAGACAAUGGCCUGUAUCUUGCUGAAAGCCGUGCUAUUGCCAUGUACCUCAUCUCAAAGUACGUGAAGGAUGACUCUCUCUACCCGAAGGAUGUAAACAAAUGUGUCCUUGUCCAUCAGAGGCUGUUUUUUGAUCAAGAUUUGUACAACAGAAUUUUCAGUGUUUUUCGGCCAAAAUUUUAUGGCGAACAGGUGGAUACCGGCAGCAUCGAUAAAGUAAAUGACGGUCUGGAAACUUUAAACCGAAUGCUGGGUGGCAAACAGUGGCUGGCAGGAGACAACAUCACGCUUGCUGAUUAUGCUGUCGCCAAUUCUUUGUCGGCAUUAGAGGUAACGUAA